AUGUUCAGAUUCGAGGAUUACAAAACAUGUGGCUCUCAUGGGGUUGAUGUCACAAAUUUGCCAGAAGAUCACAGAUUGAACGUCAUCAUAAGGGAAUAUCUGGACAAAUACAGAGAUAUUCUUCUCGACGCCUCUGACGAUGGCACAACCAACAAUUUUCUUCUCCUGACAGAUAAAGGAAAACCCUUUAGUGGUCCAGCAUUCUCAACCCACAUGAAGUCUGUCUUUUACCACCUAACAGGAGUGAGUGUCAACUUGCACCUUCUGAGAAGCUCCUUCGUGACUUAUUGUUAUGGGGACAGCCAGUGCACCGACGCAAUGAAAGACAGUUUGGCGUCGGCCUUGAGACACACAAGGAAGCAAGCUCAACUCACCUAUGACCGUAGAAAUUCCAGCGAAAAGAAGAGUUUGGCUGUCAGCCUUGCUUCAGAAUUAGCAGAAAAUACAAUCGAGUCACUAUCGGCUCAGCCGUCCGACAGAAAUGCAGGGCUUGAUAAAGGUAGCUGGGUUGCUCUCACAGUAGAAGGCAGCACUCUGGCAAAUCCGAACAUUCUGCUAGCUAGAAUUCAGAACCUCAUGCCCGGUAGAAAGGCUUCGCUACUGUGGUUCAAGGCCACUGCGGAAAAAGGCCUGUACGCUUUUCACUACGAUGAAGCCAGCUGGAUAGAAAGCUUAGAUGCCUUAGUUCCCGUCCAAGUGAAAGAGAUUAAAAACUCUCCCGGCCUCUACAAAUUGACCACAUCAUUGAAAAAAAUACACAGGGCGGUCUUAGGGAACAACUGAUAACAUACUGUGAAGGACUGUGGAUAGUGAUUUGAUGAGGAUGCAUUCUGUUUGGUUACCUGGAAG